AUAUCCUUUUUCUUCGUCGUUAGACAAGUGGUCCGUGGGGGUGGUAAAGGUCGUUCCCAUCGGGUGCAGCAACAAAAACAUCUUGCAACGGGAGCGGAAAAUUAAACAACAUUUGUCCGCGAGGGCCCGGACCGGUGUUAUCUGUGCAAGCCAAAUACCAUUCUUCUGGUCGGUUUCAGUCAACAGUGUGUUUCUGGUUUUCCAAUCAAAAGGUUUCAAGGGUGGCAAUUUCAACAUUCAUCAUCCGAAAUGUUCAACCUGUUCACGUCGGCUAAAACGGAGAAGCAGGGACUGCAGGGCUACAAGAUAACUGAUGUCGAGCGGACCCGCAAGUACGGGGUAGCGGCCAACUCACUUCGCAUGCUCCGAGCGAAGGCGUCCGAAAAAUUCAAGAUUGCCGAAUGCCGCGUCUAUCUUGCACAGGAUGGCGUGGAGGUGACCGACGAGGACUAUUUUCGGACUUUACCGGCCCAGGUAUUGUUCGUCGUGGCGGACAAGGAUACGAUUGUGAAAACGGAUUUUGAACUAAUGUACAAUGCCAUCAAAGCAACCCACACGGAGCUGCUCAAUGCGGGUGAAUUGGCUCGGCAGUUUGUGAACAACAAUCAGCCGGAAAUUUCCAAGAUCCUGUACGACGCACAGCGCGGCCGGGACGAUCUUAUCAAGCGUAGCUCCCGGACGGAGCACGAAGAAUGGUUUGAGGGAAUUGAUGAUCGAGCGGUAAAGACGAAGGAAGAAGUAAUGAAACGGCGCGGUCAGGAUCGAAUCCGUGGUUACUUUUACAAAACCAAGGACGAACUGACGAAAUGUUCCAUGUACCGGGCGAACCCGAUCGCCCGCGAGUUAAUCGACGAAAUGCUCGAGCUGUUCCGGCAGCUGCUACUUGGAUUUGACUAUUUUAGCUGCAUGUUCGACCGGAGCUGCCAACGGCGAAUCACGCUGGAAGAACCGGACGACAAGGGUGACGAAACGGACGCCCAGCGCAUUCCGCCGAAGAAGCUGAAACUGGUGGUUAAAAACUCACUCGGUAAAAACUGUCGCAUCGAGCGAUACAAUGUGGCUCUGUGCGGCGAACGGGGAGACUUUCGGUGCAUGGGCCUCUGGAAUGACGAACGGUGCCGGUACGAUGGACACCGGAUCAAUCCGUACGCGAGCCGGGAACACUUGAUCCUGUUUCAGGUGUGGAAUCUCGAUCAUCAGGUGGAAAUAAGCCGCGCCGUGCUGCCCUCCAUCCUGGACAAUGUUGAGCGUAUGGUGGCGGCCGACGCGGACGGGGUUAUCUGCAAGCUGCACGGGCGCCGGGGCAAGAAACUGUCUGUGAUAACGUACUUUCUGGAGCUGUUUACGCUGCACAACUUGAAGCUGGUGCACAUCGUGUGCCACGAUAAGGGUGUCCACGAGUUGAUCUCGAAUGGUGCCAUCAUUUGCGAUCGGUGCGAGGAAUACAAGUACAUUAAGCAAUUCCAACGGAACGUACGUUCCAACGAGGACGCGUUGCUGUAGAACGGCAAUCGCGUUGCCUGCCUCCGAUCUCCAUACAGUAAUAAGCCAAAUAUUUAAGCAAAAGUUAAGCAUAUUUAUCUACAAAAUAAAGGUCAAACCACCUCACAUGUACGCAAUGUGUUCGCUAUUAACGAACCAGCUCGGCU